AGUGUUGUUAAAAAAUAAUAAUAUACAAAUAAUCUUUCGCAUUGUUAUUUUGCGCACACAGAUUUGGACGCGUAUUCGCACGAAAAGAAAGCAACGGUAAACGCUUGUGCGUGCGGAGUGCGCUGUGAAAAUGAAUGAAUGAAUUAUGAAUUGGCAACGCAGUGCUGCUAUUGUGAUAUUGCUUAAUAAUCAUGUAAAAAUUGUUUAAUAGUUGCUGCCAAGAAAAGCAAAGAAAACACGUGAAAUUGUGAGAAAACGCUGGCCAAUGCGGUGAAAGUGCAACAGUAGUGACAACAACAACAACAACAGUGAGCAAGAAAAUAGCUCCAAAAGAGAACGAGUGAAAAGUAAAUUUUGCCAGCGUCUUUUGCCUCUUUCUCUUUGUAUUGCAUUUUGUGUUUAUUUUUGUUUCGUUUCAAUUCAAUUCAAAGUUGUCGUCAAAGUGUUAAGUGGAGUGAAGCUGGGAGUACAAACAGCAGCGCAGCAUAAGCAGCAAGAUUAACAAUAAAAUCGAAAUUUGCAACAAUUUGUGGAAUUCAACAACAACAGCCAGUGCAUGCAGCGUUAAUUAUGGCUUUACUCAAGAUGUUGCUGCCGUUGCCAGUCACGGCUGAGCUGUGCCUCGAACACGCCACGUACCAGUCGCAGCUGAGCACCAUUGUGAGCUACGAAAAUGCGACCGCCAAUGCCAAUGCCAAUGCCAAUGCCGUUGCCAAUGCAAGCGAGCGCAUUGCAGCAGAAUGAAGCCUUUCAGCAGGCGCACGUUCAUGUACACGCCACGCCAGUAGCUCAACAGCCGCUGUCCGCACAGCAGCAGCAGCAACUGCAGCAGCAGCAGCUCAGUUCAGUGGGACUUGAAAUCGACUUGGAACAGCAACAAUCAACGCACAAGGGCAAACUGCCGCCAUUGGAGCUGCUAGUGGAGCAUAAACUUAGCUACAGCUCAGCAGCCACAUAUCAGCAACAGGAACUCAAGGAUUCCAGACAACAGCAACAGCAAUCGCAUCACGAUCUCAGACAUUCCCGCAGCACUCCGUGCUCUGCUGAUAUACGCGCCUCCAAUUUUGAUGACGCUGCCGAACAUUUUAUUAUCAAUUUUCCCGCUGAAUCGUCGCAGCACUUGCAACUGCUGCCGCUUUCCGAGACGGUGCCACUGCUAACCCACAUUGAAGCCACUGUGGUGGACAAACAGCGCUCCAUACGCUUGAAUAAAAACAGCGCCUCGCUCAUUUUCACCAAAAAGGAGCUCGGCCAUCAGCAUCAACAGCAGCAGCAGCGCCGUCAGCAUCACAGUCUCUACGGCGCCAAGACCAAGACCAAGCAUCUGCCGCCAACGCGCGGACAACAGCAACGCCGCAGUCUGCAAUUGAACUACAACAACAAUCUGGUGACGACUGCCGCCGGCACAGCUGGCCAAGCCAAUUUAGCCGCCGCCAAGCUUGUGCCGCACAAGCAACAGCCGCAGCAGCAAGUUCAUAGUUACGCUCACAGCCACGCUCUGGGUCACGGUCACGGGCACGUGGUCGGCGUGGGGCUGACAUCGCCGACAACUAACGGCGCUGGCGCUGCCAAUUCGGCGCGCAAACAGCUCGCCUACUCCUGGUACGCGCCCGUCUAUAGCGCACUUGAGGAGGAGCUGGAGCAGGACUCGAGGGACUCGUCGCCAAUACACAAUCUGGCCAACACAAAGCAGCAGACGCAACGCGCCAGUGCCACUGCCGCCGCCACUGCCGCGCAUGCCGCCGACUCGGACACGAACGAGACAGUUGCGCUGCUGGAGACGCGCAACAAGUUCAACAUCAUUGCGGCAGGCAACGCUGGCGCUGAGCGCAAAGCGCAUCCAACGCGCAUCUCCCUCUCCCUGCCGCCACACACACAACAGCAACAGCUGCAGCAGCAGCAGCAGCAACAUCAACAGCAGCAGCAGCAACAUGCGCUCAGCGCUAGCAGCUUGGGCAAUGGCGUAGCAGAUGCAACCACUGGCGGCGAUGUGGAGAACUCGCUUGGCUUGUCCGCCGCUCAGCUGCCGCGGCGGCGACGCUUCGAGAACUUUCUCAUGGCGCUUGUGGGUCGCAAGAGCAGCAGCAGUCGCGAAAAGGAGCGCGAACGUGAACGCGAGCGCGAGCGAGAGCCGCCACAGCGUCCCGCCUCGCCGGAGAUUCGCAUUACGCGCACGCCCUCGGAGCAGGACGUGGUGCUGCGCGAUCCAGCGGGCCGGCAGCUAACCAAUGGCUAUGGCUACCAGAGCAGCAGCAGCAGUCGCCUGAGCAUCAGCGGCUCGAGCAACUCGCUGAAUGUGGUGCAACAGAAGCUGUGGCAUAUGAUGCGACGCGAGGGCAGCGCCAGCAGUUUGCAUCAGGAGAAAUCCCAAUCGAUUGUGCAGUACACGGGUCUGCGCAAAUGCGAAACGGUGCUGGCCCUAACACGCCAGGGACAGAGUCAAUGCCAGCAACUGCAGCCGACGACGCCCAGCAGCGAUGCGCAUGGCGGCAGCGGCAUCUUCAGCGCCGGCGGCGUCGAGCAAAUACGUCCGCUCAAUCGACUGCGGCACAGCGUGAACAGCAUCAAUGGUGCCGGCACCUGCUCGCGCUGCUCCAGUCUGCUCAGCUUGGCGGCCACCGGCUCACGCUACUCGCUGGCCAAUGGCUUUGUGACGCGUGCAGCGGACUCGGCGCAUUCACUCAGCGCGCAGCAGCAGCCGCCUUCAGAGGAUCUAACGCCCGAGCCGCAUAUCAAUGUGAAUGCCCAAAUACGUUUGAGCAAUGGCAGCAAUGCCGGCAAAAGUUCCGCUGGCCUGCCAAGCGUCAGCAUUAGCCCCAGUCCGCCGUCCAAUGUGACCACAGCCACGCUUCACUCCAGCAGCAACAACAACAACAACACUGAGGAAUUGGAACAGCAAACAACGCCCAGCGUUGACUUUGGCACCAGCCAUGCCUAUCCGCUUACAGUGAGCUCACUGCUGUCCAUGGCUAGCGCCAAUCAGGCGGCUCAGGCCUGCUGCGUACGCGACGGCAUCACGCUGCAGCAUCGCGAGAUGACGGACGUGACGCCAGCGGCCACCACGCCCAGCAGCAACUUUCAGCCCUUCACCUGCAAGCUCUGCCUCACCGAUGUCGAACUCGCCGCUGAGGCUACAACGCUGCUGCAGUGUGGCUGCCAGUUUUGCACUGAGUGCAUGCGCGCCUAUGCGGAGUUCGAGAUAACCGAAGGCGCCUACGAGAUCUCCUGCCCCGAUGCCAAGUGUCCAGCGCAAGGCGCCAUCUCGCUGCCCGAAAUCGCCAAUCUAACCACAACGAAUCUGCUGAAGAAGCAUCAUCGUUAUCGCCUAAAUCGAGAAAUCGAAUUGGAUAAGACGCGCACCUGGUGCCCACGUGCGGGCUGCGAAACCAUUUGCAUGGUGGGUGGCAGUGCUGGUGGCGCUGGCGGCGGCAGUGCCAUUUGCCAAAUGGACGAGUCGCCAUCGACAUCGCAAAGCUACACACCGCAGGAGGGUGCCGCGCUGCUCUCCGUGUCCGUCCAAUGUCCAUCCUGCAAGGAUGAGUUCUGUGCGCUCUGCAAGAAGGCGUAUCAUCCAAACAUUAGUUGCGAGGAAUUUGGGCGACGCCUGAUUGCCGACGGCCAGGACGAUAUUGGCAUACCGUUCGAUAACGAGCUCAUCAAGUGCUGCCCCAUGUGCGCGGUGCCCAUUGAGAAGGACGAGGGCUGUGCCCAGAUGAUGUGCAAGCGCUGCAAGCAUGUCUUCUGCUGGUACUGCCUGGCCAGCUUGGAUGACGACUUUCUGCUGCGGCAUUAUGACAAGGGGCCCUGCAAGAACAAAUUGGGACACUCGCGCGCCUCGGUGGUAUGGCAUCGUGCUCAGGUGAUUGGCAUAUUUGCGGGCUUUGGCAUUUUGUUGCUGGUUGCCUCGCCAUUGCUGCUGCUGGCGGCGCCUUGCAUCAUCUGCUGCAAGUGUCGCGGCUGCAGUGGUUCGAAGAUUGAUGAGGUGGAUGGCGAACUGGAGGAGGAGGUGACUGCUUUGCAAGGCUAGAGCUUGAGCGUCGGUUUGAAAAUUAUGUAAAAUCCCUCGUUAGCUGCUGACCGCCCGCCCGCCCAUCCAUCCCUUCUAUAAACCUGACGAGCUAUGUUAUUGGGCCAGCUAGUGGCUCAAUCUAGCGGCGACUAUUGUUAAUGACGAACCAUUUAAACUUAUUUUAAUUGUAUGCAUUGUAUAGUAUGUGUUAACUAAAUUGUGAUAUUUACAGUGAUUCGAUUUUUAAUUGAAUCGAAAAUUUGUUGAACCUAUACUGAGAAAAAGCGCGCGCCUUUGAUUCUUUUUAGGUUUUUUGUGUCGAUUUCUUUAUACAUAUGUACAUGUGUAUGUAUGUAUUAGCCGCAUACAUACGCAUAUGUAGUUGUGUAAUUGCUAUUUCGUUUUGCAUUAUAAAAAAAAAAAGAUUGUAUAAAUUAUGUAAGCCCAACAUUUUAGCGCGUAAGUUAGCCUAAAUUUACUAGCCCACUCUAGCAUUUUAAGUCUAUUUCUCACACUCUUACUAUAAAUCAAAAUGUGCUGCUUUUAUAUCAAAUCACACGCUCACAACACAAAACAACAAUUUUCUCAAGUAUUAAAAAAUACAAGACCCUCCCCACAGCCACCAACCAAUUAAGUACUAACAAAACUACAAGUACACGCUACCAUAGUGAAUGUAAUUUGAUUUUUAAAUAAUUGUGCAACUGCUUGGCAAUGCUUUUAUCUAUAACAUACUAUAAAAUUGUGUAUGUGUAAGUACGCAAAUUAAAUUACAAAAAGGCAUAAAUAAACAAAUAGAAUAUUGCUGAAUAUAUGUACGUAUAUAAUGACGUAUAGGCAAAGGUUUUGAUCGAUGUAAAUUAUUUAAAAUAUUUAAUGCAUAUAUCAUACAAAGUAUAUAUAUAAUUAUGCGUGUAU